AUGUCUGCAAAGUAUGCUAUACGUCGUCAAUAUGCCAUUAAAGAAAUAGUCGAAGAGUUACGUGUCUCUUCUCAGAAUCAACCGCUUUCUCCCACCUUCCAAACCACACUCGCAUUCACCGAAACCUUCAUGUUGACACAACCGCCACCUUCACCACUUACGACGACAGGGGCAACCAAAACGUUGCGAAUAGCAGUUUUAGACUCGUCGUUUAAUCCUCCUACAAAAGCUCAUCUUCAAUUACUUUUGAAAUCAGUGAAUACACACGCGAGUCAAGUUGAUCGAAUAUUGAUGAUGGAAUCUUUAGCAUACGAAAUUCAUGAUAAAUAUUCAAAAGAGGCAGUUUCUCCAGCUAUUGCUCACACCCUACAAAACAUUGCAGUUGGAAUAACAUCCAGCUCACGAUUCAUUGACAAACCCGAUGCCAUAUCUCACUCAUUAUCCUCACGUAAUCAACCACCACCAUCUUCAUCUCAUUCUUCUCCCCCUUUGACACUUUACUUUAUAAUGGGCUACGAUACAUUAAUUCGUCUAUUCGACCCUCGUUAUUAUACCGACAUGCAUAAAGAAUUGUCGUUAUUUUUCGCUACAAAUUACGUGAUUUAUGCUAAUCGUGCUGGAUUUGAGCCGCAAGAGAUUCAACAAUUUUUUAAAACCAAUGAAGCUGUCCAAUGUUUUCGUCAUAAAAUCUGGCGAGUCGAAUCAGAAGAAAGUGUGGCGGCUUUGUCGUCUACGCGUGUUCGUAGAUUGUUAAAUGGCUGGAAACAAGAGGAGGAAAAUCAAAUUGAUGAUGCUGGUGUGAAGAUUAAGGGAUUACUGUAUGAACAUUGCCCUGCUUCGGUGGCUGAUUAUAUGUUGAAGGAAAAUUUGUAUUGGAAUCAAAAGCUUUAA